AUGUCUGCUCCCGCCAGUGCCGCGUCUCCAUUAUACGUGGACCAACUGACGCCUCCGGUCAAUACCGCUUUUUUCAUCCGCAAGGAGUUUGUUCUGCCGCUCAAGGACAAUAUCGCUUGGCAAGUGACCGCGUACGUGUUUAUCACCGGCGCGAACCCCACGGAGCCCCGUUUCGAGGAGAAGGGCGGCGUCGUGUACGUCGUGCUCGUCCAUGGCGGGCGCGGCACAUACUCUUCGCUUUUUCCGUUUGAGCAGAUGCAGUUCAAGGUCAAGCUGGAAGGUAUGACGCCGCAGAUGCAGCUCCCGCCGACGGGCUCGGGGGAGCCAGAGUACAACGCGCACGGGGAGAAGAUGCCGGACACGAAGUACACGAUACAGUUCGAGCGCUCGAUGGCGAUGUUCCUGAACGGCGGAAACGAGCCGUACAUGUUCGACGCCAAGUUCGAGCAGGUGUUCGUCCGCCACGAUCUCGGCACCCAGACCGGGGACGUUAUGGCCGAUGGUACCGGCACCGCGUUUUCGAUAUCUGGAUUCCGAUUUAAGAAUGACACUGAGACCUUGGAGAUCUACGGGCUCUCGGUUUUCAAGCGCACCAAACCUCUGCGGGAGCUCAAGCUGCUGUUUGAGUAUGAGGUGUUCCCUAACGCUGUCUUCCUCAAGCCGCCUCAAUGGGAGUCAGAGACGUACACGGUCGCGCUGCCGUUCCCGUAG